AUGCGGGACUGGCAGUCGGUUCCGGCUCGCGAGGACGCCUUCACGACGCUAGAAGACUACGACCCCAACCGCGACGUCACACGGUCGAUCCACCAGUCUGUCAUAGGCAAAAGGCCUUGCUCUACAAGACUCUCCGCCCCGCUCGACAUGCCCCCCAAACUCGCAAGGGGACCCGAGACCCCGGGCCUGCCAGAGGGGAGGAGGCUUUUGAGUGACGACGACUUGGCCGGUCUCCGAGCCGUUAUCGAGCGCGAUCCGGACCGCAUCGUCCUCACGGACUUUUCCAACAUCCCAGAAGGACAGACGGGCUUGUUUAUCACGCAGUCUCUGACGAGCGCACAUGGCGUGGAACUGCUCGGCCAGGUCGAAUGGACCACUCCAAACGGCGACAAGGUCACGGUCCACGGUCCCCGCAAUGACUGGAAGCAAGUCAGUCUUGUGAAGCGGGCUUGCAACAUGUACGAGUUUCCCAGGUUCCGUGAGAAGGACAAGCCUUCCAGUGGCGUGCCGAACCUCCACCAGCGCAUGAGGUUCCGGCCGACGGACCCGGAGGACGAGGACAACCCGGAAGGCGACUCGCUGGCAACCCACUUCAUCGCCGGCAACAGCGUCUUUACGUUUGAGCCAGCCGUUCUCUCGUACAAGGCCUGCGGCAAAAACUCACGUCACGCCGAGAGCGACUACCUCAAGGCCAUCGACAUACGGACGGCCUACACGGCCCAGCUGACGGGACAAAACAUCCUCAUGUACAACGACAUAGCCGUCCCCGGAAACGUCGGCCGACUCAAGAAGCUUGCCCGCGAGACGCACAAGGCCAUGGCGCCGCGGCGCCCGCGGCCCAACGACGGGGAGGACGCGGGAGACGCCGAGGGGGAUGAGCAAGCCGACACGCCGUCCGCGCCCACGGAGCCCCUGACCAGACAACAAGUCUAUCAACUACUCGAGGGAAGCGACCUGGAAGGCCGCGACAAGAUCACCGAGCGCUCUGCCGAGUCCGUCAUGGCCCUUCGCUUCGGCAACAGGCCCAAGCCCCUGGCGUUCAUCCAAGCGGCAAAGGCGCAUGAGCUGCAGGCCGCCGACCCGUCCCGCCGCCCAGACAUGUCUCGACCAGAGGGUCCCGGAAACCGGGCUCCGGAUCCACGCAGGCCCAGCGGCGACGUGGCCGUAUGCCGUGGCGAGAAGCGACCCAUGGGCGCGCUACACUACUUCCCCCCGCUCGCACUCCUGAUUAUCCCCCGGACUCUCCGGCGACUGCUGGCCCAGGUCGCCAGGGCCCAUCCACACGAUCUCCUGAGCGCAAACUACAUGGUCCUGGCGCUGUUUCUCUACUUUGACCUCCUCGCCACCACGGACUACGGCAGGGAGCCGUUUGCGAGCAAGAUCAAGGCGGCCACGGCCGGUGCCUGGACGAAUGCUGCCGCCAACGAGUCGCGCGCCUGGGAGGUGCCGGUCCCGAGCCUCGAGGUCUGCCUAGUCUACAUGUCCCACUGGCUUGCCCUGAGCGACUACAUGGACUGGGUCGAGUACCCCCACUUCUUCCGCUUCUGCCACCAUGCCUACCUCAAAGACUUGCGCCGCGGCCGACUCUUCCAGGUCAAGGAGGGCAUGCUCAACGAGGCGACCGUACGCCAGGCCAUGGCCGGAAUCGGGUCCAGGCACCGCACCAUCGACGCCGACUACCGUUUCCCCGCCCUCCCUGGCACCAUGCUCGGCCACAUCGCGUCGCCCACCUUUAACGGCUCGUACAGCCUCCCCGCGCCCACGCCGACGAUCCAUGCCGUCCUGGGCGUUGGCUACUUCCCCCCGUACGGACUGCCGACAUACCGCUGCGCCAUGGGCUCUGGCGAAGGCGGCGCCUUCCAGAGCACCGUCCUGCCCGCCCUUGUCGUGGAGACGUGUUUCUUUGGCGGCGAGGUCCUCGACGUGCCCCAGGAGCUACUGGACGACCCCGCCAGCCUCUACGACGAGUCCACCCCGGGCCCAAAGACCAUCUAUGGUCGGUUUGGCCGCGUCGCGGGGCCCGUCUGGCCUGCCAUCUUUUCACCCACCGAGGCAAUUGCGGACCUGAGCGCCACCGACGAGGAUGCGGACGACGACAGUGCUCUGGACGAUGUCAUCCUGGUGAACUCGUCGGGACAACGCUUCAUCGCUAUAAGCAGGACCAUCGCGCCCGACGUCAAGGCGGCCAUGAUGUCGGCGUCGUAUCGAAACAAGCCCAUGCUUGCCCACAUGGGCCUAUUUACCCCAGAGGGCCAGGACCUCCUGUUGACAACGGACCGCAACCUGGGCCUCACCGUUGUGGGCGCCCCUGAUUUCAGCAAAUGGGUCGUCAUGACGGACGCCGAGAAGGACAAGGCCAAGCACGAUGUGUGGGCCAGAUCGCGGCGAGUACCCCAGACCGCUUCCCUACUAGUGGCGACCCGCGUCUCAAAGGAGACACUUCGAAAGAUCCACGACCUCUUGCUUCCUCGCCUUGGCACCGUUCACACGGGGCAUAAGGACCUCUACGACCGCGUGUCCCGCCUCCUGGAAGGCGGAGAGUCGGACGACUGGGACACGCGCAGCGUCCGCCAAGCCAUCAAGCGCUGCAUUAACGCGGUCAAGUUUGACGUCGACCGACUCGACAGCAUGGCGUCCUCGGCCGCGGACCCAGCCAACGCCGACGGAGGACACUCCCUCGGGCAGGUGGCGCCUCUGGUCCCCCGGAUAGCCGCACGACUCGCUGGCCUCGAGGCAAUGAACAUCAUCGAUGGUGAAGAAUGGCCUGGUAGGACACAGCUGGCGGCACACAACGUCGAAUGGGCCAGACAGGUGACGGCCCUCUUGGCCAUGGCGACCAACCUGGUCAAUGGCCUGGAUUGGGCCACGGCUUUCAUGCGGACUGCCGUCGAGCAGGUGACUUCCUACGCACGAGGACAUCUCUGGGUGAGAGAACUUGUACAGGUGGCCCACGAAGUCCGACAGCUCCAGGGCGCUGAGCCGUGGGCGCUAUCGGACCAAGACGCAAGCGACUCGGGUGAGGACGAUGGAGACGCAGAUGCAGGCGGCAAUUAG